AAUUCUCUUUCGCUUUGAAUAGGACUAUUAUUUAACUCAAAUUCGGAACGAAAAUAUGCAGAAAGUGUGCCGCGAACAAUGCUGUGAUGGAAAAAUAUGAAAAGUUUUAGGGAAAUUAGUUUUUUAAUGGCGAAUUAACGUUUUUCUCGGUGCCCAUCCAGAUUUUCUACGCUUCUGUGUGUGUGUGUGUGUGUGUGCGUUUGAGGGUACCAAAUUUGAAGCCCGAAAAAAAAAGUUGAGGAAGAAAAUUGGUUUUUUUCUACCAACCUGGCACUUCGGUGACUGUGCGUGUGUGUGUCUGUGUCUGCGGGGUUGCUAAAUUUACGCAAAAAACCACAACAAUAAUGUGUAAAAAUAGUUUACGAUUGCAAUUGCGUGUGCGUGUGUAUGGGCGUACAUGUGUGUGUGCGUAGUAGGUUGUGCCAGUGUGUGUGCAAUUUUUUCCGGCAGGCAAAAAUCUCUCCAUUUGCAACACUGAAAAAUCGAUAAAACUGCAGCAAGACUUUUUCGGUGUAGAUUUCACUAGCCAAAAAUAAAAAAAAUAAUAAAACAAGUAAAAAUGUUUCUUAAUCGUUUCCACCUUUUUCUUUUUCUCAUCCAACAGCUUUUGUAACUAAAACUCCGUUUUGACAUCACUUUCAUCAUAAUCUGAAAAAAAAAAUAAUAAUAUAUAAAAAAAAACAACAACAAAUAUGAAAAAAAUAUAAAAAUAAAAUCACCAUCGAAAACGAAUCAAAAAAUAAUACAUACAAAUAUAAAACGCAAAUAAUUGAAAGUUACAGCAGAAAUAAAAAACAACAACAUAGCUCAAAAGGAAAAAGUCAAAGCAAAAACUUUUUACGUUUUUUUGACUCUUUGUUUUUGUUUCGUUUGCUUUGCAAAGAAAACCACACAAAACAGAAAAAACGAGAAUUUUUACGCCGCCCGUCGGUGUGAGCGAGACAGACAGAGAGAGGGAGAUAAAGCGACUGCGCAAAUAAAAAAGAAAACAAAACAACAAACAACAUAAAAAAACAAGCCAAGCUUGAAACGAAGACUUUCAAAUAAAACAACAACAAAACCAACAACAAACCAAACAAAUUGAAACGCUGUGAAAUUAACUCGUCAAUACUCAAAAGCACCAACAAAUAAAUAAACAAAAAGAAAAGCUAAAACAAAAUAAAAGGCAAACCACGAAGGAGCAAGUAAAGCGGAGUUUAACAAGAAAACGGCAAAAGCACUGAAAACAAAAAAGCAACGGGAAACGAAACUAACGUGAAGUCAAAGGAAACGGCGCUGCGGCGUUCGGACUCUCGAAUAAAACAAAAACAAUUCAAGCUAAACUGCAAAAACCACACUUGGAAAAACGCUAAAUAAAUCCCAAAUUCCUCAUUAUUUUUCCUGAAAAGCUUUAAUUUAAUUACGAAUUUUUUGUUGUUAAGUCAGAGUGAAUUCAAUUUGCUAAUUAAUUUAAAUUAAGACAUCAACAACCGAGCUACAAAAGCAGCAACAACAACAAACAAACAACAACCAACAAACAACUGAAUUAAUGUUUUAAAGUACAAAAUAACCGGGAGUAAAUCAACAACAAAUAAUUUAAACAGAUUAAAAACGAUUUAAUUUAAAACGCAACAUCUAUCUAAAUUAUUUAACUAAACAUAAAAACAAACACUGCUAGAAUUUAAGUCCAAAGGCAACUGAUAAACGCCCACAAGGGCGAAAGGGAAGUGAGAGACAGAGCGAUAAACGUAGGAAGAAGCAAGGAGAGCUGAAUAAAACCGAUCAAGCAACAAUUGUGCCGCAAAAAAAAGUGUGAAUAAAAAAUAUAUACUAAAAAAAAUAACGGUAACAAUAAAGAAAACAUUUAAAACCAAAAAUCUACAAGAAUUCUAUAAAUCUUAAGUCACGUUUUACACAGACCUACAACAACAACACCAGCAAUUGAACUUAGCCAAUAAAUUUAAUUAAAACAAUAAAUUAGUGAAAAUAAAAAUAAACGGAUUAAGCAAAUAUAUAUAGAGAACUCAUAACAAAUUCAAAACUGCGGCCUUGUGCCAAAAAAACAGUUUUUAUUUUUUCCAAUAAAGCAUUGUUUUUUACUAGUUUUCAAUUCAGAUUUUUUUAUAAGUGUACCUAGUGAGAAAUGUUAAAAGUCUAAAACAGCAAAAGCAACUGCAACAAACGGAUGUAAAACGGAGAAAAGAAAAACAAAACAAAUUCAAAGAAAGAUUUAACAACUCUGUGAUAAUUACUGUAAAUUUAUAAAUUUAAAAAAACAAAAACGGAAAAAACGUAAAGAAAAACCACAAAAAAAUCUCUAAUUAAAUGAAAGGAAAACCCCGUAAUUUUUAACAGUAGGCGAAGAAGAAUAAGGAGCGAAAGAGGAAGCAGAAUGCAGAAAAACAUCUUAAACCAACAACAACUUUACACUUAAGAGCAAAUGCAAAUGAAAAGAUAAAAAACAUUGAAACAAAUUCGUGAUAUCUUAAAGGACUUCGAUACAUAUAUACUAUAGUAUAUUAUAUAUUAUAUUAUAUAAACUAUUAAACUAAGCUUAAAUCUAGUGAGCGUCAACCGAGAAAGCAAAAACAAAACAAUGGAAUAAGUGAAUAAACAACAAAACCAACCAACACAAAGCAAAAAAUAAAAACCCUAGGUUAUGAAAAGACUUCAAAACGCAUUCAAAAAAUAUAUAUAUUUAAACAAAACAAAAUAAAUCGUAGACUUAAAGUUCAACAUAGUAAAUGAGCGAGGAUAACUUUACAUAACGGGUGUCCUAUAUCUAUUAUAUACAUAUAUAAAAACAAAAAAACAUUAAAACUCAUAAUUUUUGCUUAGUGAAUAGUAAAUGAAACAGCAAUAAAACAGCAACAAAAACAACAAAAAAGAAAAACAAAUUAUACAAAUCGUGCAACCGAAAAGUAAUAGCAACGUACAGCGAAACAAAAUAGGAAAUCGACACAGAAAGAAAGAGAGAGAGCGAGGAACCUGAAACGGAAGUCCCGAGAAGAGGAAGAAGGAGAUUUAAACCUCGUCCCCAAAAAAUCAUCGUUGUACUAAAGGUAUUCGAAAGUAAAUAAAAAAUCACUACUACUUCCUAUAAACCACAACGAUUGCCUACAAAAUAUAUAUUAUAUAUAUGUAUACUAAAUAGAAAACAAUAUAAUCAAGCAAAACACACAAAAUAUUCAAAUAUCAAACAAAGCUAAUCUAAUCCAAAAGUAAAAAGUAUUCCCAGUGUAUUUUUCUAGUAAAACUAUAAAAAAAAUCAACCAAAUUCAUUUCAAACAAAAUGCAAUAAUUCAAUAAUAAUUCAAAACUCGAACAAAAACAAAAAACACCAACGGGAGCAGCUGGUGUGCAUUUUCAUCGUAAAACCACAAUAUUUUGAAUACACAAAACAAGCAAAACAAAUAUUUCAAGAACAACAACUUUAGAAAGAAAAACAACCUACAACAGACCCAGGAAGGAACUUCAAACUACCAAAACAAACCAACAACGUUACAAUAUUUGUCGGCAUUUUUUACAAGAAAUAUAAAAACACAAAACAACAAGGAACACAAAAAACCAACAAACAAACAAACCAAGAACAGCAAAGGAAAGCUAAGUAAAACAACCACAUUUUUUGCGGGGCAUGCCCUCAAGAAAAGACAAAAAUUUUUAUUAACUUCGAAGACAAGGAAUUUCAGUGCCUCUUGUGCCAGUGUUUAGCCAAAAUAUAUAUACACAAAAAACAAAACAAACAACAACAAAUAAAAAACAAAUACGUAUUUAUUGCUUAGUUUUUUCUCUUUGAUAUAAAACUACACGAAAAAUAUAAAAAAAAGAACAAAAAACAUAAAAACAAAAUUUAACAUAAGUGAUAUCACGAAAUCUGUUUUCGGUCAUUUUUCGCGCUUUCUUCAACUUUAACUCUCGUUCCAAUAAUUCUCGUCAUUCGCAUCCAUUAUUGGUCGAUCGGAUUAUACCACUGACCAUCCGAUAACACCUCUUACAUCGCAAUCACCAUCGCCAAGAACCAGUCUCCAAUUUGCUAGUCCUUAUCAGCAUUUUCUUUGUUUGUUAAUAUCCAAUCAAUCAAACAUGAAUACCCAAUCGAAGGUGUACCGUAUCGGCGAAGAAAUCUAUGACAACUUGCCAUGCGAUAGUUAUUUCAACAUGAAUGCCGUUCGCAACCUGGGAAUCCCAACAACGUUUCCGACCAUUGGAACAUUUACACUUGACUCUAUUACGUUGGGACUGCAGCCGCAGGGUCAGGGCCCGUCGCCCCAGCAGCAGCAGCAGCAGCAUCAACAACAACAGCAGCAGCAGCAGCAGCAGCAACAACAUCAGCAGAAUAUGCAUCACCAUCAACAUCAGCAGCAACACAUGCAGCAGCAACAACAACAACAUCAGCAGCAGCAACACCAACAGCAGCAACAACAGCAACAUCAGCAGCAACAACAACAGCAUCCAACCAUUGGAAUGUUCGAUGCCAACGAGGUUAACGAUGUCAUCCAGAAUCCUCCUCAAAUCGGAGUAUUCCAGUCUAACAGCGUUCUGACCAACGGAGCCGGCAGUGGCUCCUCGAUCUUUGGCUCCCAGUCGAGCAAUUCAUCGGCGGCAGCUGCAGAUCCCAGCCAGACCACCCGGGAAACUGGCAUCAUUGAAAAGUUGUUGCAUUCGUAUGGAUUCAUUCAGUGCUGUGAGCGGCAGGCGCGUCUUUUCUUUCACUUCUCGCAAUUCAGCGGUAAUAUUGAUCAUUUGAAAAUCGGAGAUCCCGUGGAGUUUGAGAUGACCUAUGAUCGCCGCACCGGCAAGCCGAUAGCUAGUCAAGUAUCAAAAAUAGCCCCAGAGGUUGUUCUCUCCGAGGAGCGGGUCACCGGCACGGUGACCACCGAGCUGCGCACAGAUAGCGCCAACAAUGUGCUCAACUCCAGCGAGACCACAGGUCGCAUAAGCUAUGAGAACCGAGGCGAAUGCUUCUUUUUACCCUAUACCAAAGACGAUGUGGAAGGUAAUGUCAACUUGCGCGCUGGCGACAAGGUCAGCUUUCAAAUCGCAACGAACCAAAGAGGUAAUCUAGGCGCCUGCCAUAUUCGCCUGGAAAAUCCGGCUCAGCCGGUUAAGUAUCGUGGGGUUGUCUGCUCGAUGAAGGAAUCGUUUGGCUUUAUCGAACGUGCCGAUGUGGUCAAGGAGAUUUUCUUCCACUUCUCAGAGGCUGAGGGCAAUGUUGAGCUGCGUCCCGGUGACGAUGUCGAGUUCACCAUCCAGACGCGGAGCGGCCGUGAAUUUGCGUGCAACAUCACGCGCCUAGCUCCGGGAUCAGUGAUCUUUGAGGACGUGGACAGCACGGUGUAUAAGGGCCAGGUGCUUAAGUCGCUUGAUCGCAACAACCCGGUGCGCCAGAACAAUGAUCCCUUGCCGGGCCGUAUUCGUUAUAGGGCCUUGGAUUACUCUGAGGUGGAGGUUCCAUUCGGGGACAAGGAUCAAAAGGGUGACUUCACCCUGCGCCACGGCGAUUGGGUGCAGUUCCUCCUUGCCACGGAUCGGCGUGAUCAAUUGCAGCGGGCCACAUCGAUUGCCCUGUUGGACGAGACAUUCAAGGUUUCCGGCGAGAAGCGGGAGCAGGGCACCAUCGCCUCUCUCAAGGAGGGAUUCGGAUUCCUGCGCUGCGUAGAGCGUCAGGCUCGUUUAUUUUUCCACUUUACUGAAGUUUUAGAUACGAGCCGCGAAAUCGAUAUCAACGAUGAGGUAGAAUUCACUGUCAUUCAGGAGCCUGGAUUGGCCUAUAAUAACUCGCGUUUGCAGGCCAUACGCAUUAAACACUUGCCGCCCAACUCAGUGCAAUUUGAAACUCUAGUGGCCAGCAACAUAGAAGGAUGUGUAACUCGCGAGGCGCCCAAGAGCCCAAUUAAAUCUCAAGAUCGCGUCGAGGGCGGUGUGAUUACCUAUGAACAUGCCGAUGUUAAAAAGACUAUAAUGUAUUUUCUUAAAGACUGCGAAAAACCACCAAGGAUUGGGGAGCGCGUGCGCUUCGAUAUUUACAUGGUCAAACGUAACAAGGAGUGUAUAGCCGUCAACGUACAGCAAGUAUCGCUGCAUCAGCAGCAACAACAGCAGCAACAGCAGUUGCAUCUUAAUCAGUCGAGUGCUGGGGCAAAUAUCAACCAAAAUGACCAGCUGGGAGGAUUGUCGAAUGGAAUCAGUAGCAGCAGCUCGAAUGCUUCGCUACAGAAUGGCUAUGUCAUGCACGGCAGCCCUGGCGGCAGCACCAGCAGCGUGGGCAGCAAUAAUCCGGGUCAUCUGGAUGAGUUCAAGAUGGAGAACAACAACCAUGCCGGAUCCGAUGCCGGUCAGGUCUAUCGUGGCUUCAUAGCCGUUAUGAAGGAGAACUUUGGAUUCAUUGAGACUUUGUCCCACGACGAGGAGGUCUUCUUUCACUUUAGCAACUAUAUGGGCAAUCCCAAUUGGUUGGAGCUGGGUCAGGAGGUGGAGUACACUCUCGCUCGAAAUGGGAAUACAUCCGUUUCUGGAAACUGCCUGCCGGCGGAAAAUGUCCGCAUGCUGCCAAAGAACUCUAUUCCCCAGCCGGCUGUGCUGGAAACCACACACAAUGGCGUGGUAGCACGUCCACUGCGUUGCAUCAAUCCCGACCAGCAGGAAUAUGCCGGUCUCAUUGAAAUCCUCGAUGAGCUACGUACCACUGUCAUUUCGCAACACGAAUUCGGGAUCACUAGUCUGGUGAACAAGAGGGAUCUGCUCCAGAAGGGCGAUCUCGUUAGCUUUCGCAUCGAUGAAAGUGGUCGAGCAGCAUGCGUGAAUGCCGUAAGGCAGAAGAAGCGUGCCACUGUGGACUCCAUCAAGGGUCAGUUUGGUUUUCUCAACUUUGAGGUGGAGGACGGCAAAAAACUGUUCUUCCACAUGUCUGAGGUGCAGGGCAAUACUGUCGCUUUACAUCCAGGCGAUACUGUGGAGUUCUCCGUGGUCACCAAUCAGCGCAAUGGAAAGUCGUCGGCAUGCAAUGUUCUGAAAAUAAACGAUCGUCCGGAUCGUCUGAUCUCGCGCCUUAAGCUCAACGGCGAUGACACUGUGCCGCGCCUGAUCCUCAUUCGCGCACCCAAGGGACCGCAGGGCAAGGGCUUUUCCGUUCUAGCGCGUCAUCCACGCAUUCCAGGCAACUUGGUGGAGUAGAUUGCUGAAGAAGUUGUAUAAGCAAGCCAGGAUAUUAGAUGCACAUCAAAGACAAUUACCUACAGCUAUAUAUAUUCUUGUACGCAAGCCAUUACCGAGAAGGCUACCAAUCAACAAACUAACAGCAACGUGAACUGGUCGCCCCUACCAUACAUACACAAACAUUUAUAACGAAUAUAAUCCCUAGAACCAAGCAAACUAUUGGAAACGAUUGUAAUUCAUAAUAAUGGAUAGCAAUGGCAUACAUUUAAUAUUUACGAAACUACAAUACUUAACGGCAACUCAAACAAGAGAGCUCUUCGUGUCUGAAAUCGAAACUUAUUUGUAAUAUUACCAACUAACCCCUCCACCAUUGUAACGCUUUGUUUUCAACUCGGCGCAACGGUGAUCCGAGUUGUGGCCAGGUUGAAGCAAAACGUAAUUGAAAUCCAAGUGUCUGAGAGAUGAAACCAAAACGUGUGUAUACGUAUACUAUUUUCUACUAGUUUGCUUCAAUUUAAACUAAUUAAAAAACCAAUGGGAUAAGUGAUGAGCGAGAGAGAAAACAAGGAACAUUAUAAUCUAUGAAGUAUUCUAGAAUUCUUCUGGCAACGAACUCCUUGCAUAAUUGCGUUAGAAAUCGUAUAAAUGCAACACUCUAUUAACAUUUAUCUAUGGCUGGCAUAGUUCCUGCUUCUACUGUAUCUUGAUCUACUCGUAUUCUUUGGUACUUCUCGAAAAAUGUUCUUUCACCGCUUUCAAUCUUACUGUUAACGAUUUAUAUUUAUUGAACAAUUGUUGUACUACGACUGCAAGUUAUGUAGGACAACGGUCGCAGCAGCGACGGCAAACAAAGAAAUCAAUCAAUGGAGUGAAGCAUGGAGAAAGUAUUUAUAUCUACAAGUACAUAUAUAUUUUACAUAUUCAUUAACGUAAACAUACCUAAUAUUAAUGUUAUUAUUUCCCAUGAUUUGAUCUUCGCUUCUAUAAACACGUCAAGUGGUUUUGCCAAUUCUUUAGUUGCAUUCAGACAGUUGCAUUAACUUAUUACAUAGCAAACAUAUUAUACAAAAAAACAUAGCAUGCUACAUCGCAAAUAUUUAUUUAAAGCAACAACAAAUCGCAUUACGAAAACUCACAAAAAAUUACCCAGGAGAGAUGGAAAUUACGAAAAGUUUUGUGUAACGAUGAAGAGCAAAUUUAAUUUGCUGCGCCAAAUCUGUUGAAACCAUUUAAUGAAGAUUAUAAAAAUAAUUUUUAAAAAAUCUACAUAUACGAAGAAAAAAAAGCUACAAAAAAAUAAAACAAAACAAAAAAACAAGCAAACAAACUUUAUGAGCGUGUCGUGUGUCGGUAACAAAGAGCAAAUAUUGUGAAAAUUAUGAAUUUCAAUUACUAAAGAAACAAAAACUA